CUCGUCUCCUUUCAGUUUUAAAGCCAUCAUUUCUCUUUGUAGUUUCUACCCUCUGCAAAUGAUUCUCUCCUCUCUCUACAACCACCGCCCUAACCUCUCGUUGGGGUUUUAAAAAAGGAAAGAGAGACGCAAAAAUCGCUGGAAAUUGAAAAAUGGGAAGAAUCCACAUUCAUAGCCGUAUUUUUCUCUGUUAGAUAACAGGUAAUUUAGGGUUUUUUAUUUUUUAUUUUUUUUCUUUCCAUGUACUGCAAAGGGUUUUUCGACUAUCAUUGUUAUUUUAUGACUUAUGAAUGGAGGUUGCUAUUUCUGGCAUUUUCUUCACUUGUUCUGAUUCAUCAUUCUUCAUAGCCUUAGCAACUACUCUUUUUUGCUUCAUUUUUUCGGCUGUUUUUAUUCUUCGGUACUCAAGGAAACCAAAACUACCGUCACGUCCUUCCGAAUUGGAAAAUUCAAAGCCCUUUGAUUGUACAUGCGUGGGAGAGAAGAGUGUAAAUCGUAGUGGUCAGGAAAUGACGCCUAGUUUGAAUAGUGGUAAUGGUGGUGGUGGAGAGAUUGGGGAAAUGACUGUGGAGAGGCAUACAGGGGUAUCAAUGAUGGAGCAGCUGGUGCCGGAGAUCACAACCCAUGCCCUCAGCUACUUGGAUUAUCCGAGCCUUUGUCGCCUCUCAAUGACUAAUUCGCAUAUGCGGAAAGCUGCUAAUGAUGACAAUGCAUGGAAGGCUCUCUACCAUAAGGUGCUUUUUCCUAAAAAAGUCUAAUUAUCAGUGCAAGAAAAAUUUGUGGGUUUUUUCCUUUUUACAAUCUGUCAAAUAGGUGAGUAUUUAUUUAUUUAUUUUGAUGAUGUGAAGAUGCUGUUAAUAUUAUUGUUUAGUUAAUAGACUAUAUGGUUUUAAUCAAUCUAAUAUGACGGUUGCCUAACUUUUGUUUAUGAGGAAAAGUUAUUGCUCAGUUUAGUGAGUCGCUCAGAAACAGUAGUUGUAUUUGUUGUUCUUUAGAGCUGUCAACUUGUUAUUGGUGUAUGCAUUGAUUUAAUAUGUAACGUAGCACGCCAAUAACUAAAACAGAAAGAAGAAAAUCUAGAAGAUUCACUGCCCUUGUAUUUGUUAAAGAAUAUUUUUAGUACUGCUAUCCUGAUUGACAAAAAAGAAAAAAAGGAAGGUUGGUUAUCUUGAAUGAUGUAUGCCAGUUGAAGGGAAUUUCCUGCAAACUUUCAGAUAGUUUCAUCACGUUAUAGUAUGUCAAUUAGAGGAUCUUAAUUGGAUGGAAUAGAAGAAAAUCAUCACAUCAUCAUCUGAACAAAAGAUAAGUGACGGGUAUAAAAGUUGUUGCAUCUGCAUGUUACUGCACGAGUAGGGGCUUGUUCUCCAAAUAUUUGCAUUUUAUCACUAGCUAUUUUCUUUAAAUAAAUAAAUAAAUAAAUAAAUAAAUAAAUAAAAGAAAAAGAGGGAUUUUAGCUUUUGAAGAACUUCUUAAUGUGAUGCCUAUGGUUACUGUUUGUCUUUGUGGCCUAAGCUUUCUAUAAAUUUGGUGUGAACUGCUUAAAUUAGUUAUGGAAUGAGAUCGUGGAGUGGAAAAGUUGCAAAGUUAAUUUUAUUUUUUAUUAUUAUUUCUUUUUUUCUGAUUAAGAAAUGUAUUUGAAAGGAAGAAACAUAAUAAGAGUUCUAGACUGCCAAUGUUGUUAGAAUAUUGUAAGCUGCUAUGCUUAUGAUUCUUUGAUCCAUACCACCAAUGCGAGUCUCUUAUACAAGAGAGCCUUUAACUUGGUUUUGGUUGCUGUAAGAAUGAGGUGGGUACCUUAGUUAUUUUAAGCUUGGUUUUGAUUUCCUAUUGGUAAUGUCUAGAAAAUAAAUUACAUGUAUAUAUUAAUGUAUGACUAUACGGGAAUUGGACGUUGAGACUAAGGUACAUGCCAAUAAGUAGGUUUUAGAUGAUAUCUUUCAGUAGACCUUUUCAUUAGGUUGGUUAUCAGGCUCUUGUUCUUUUCCAAAUGAAUUCAUGUAAUCUUUGUCCUUCAAAAGUGAGAGCAAGAAUUAGCUAAGGAGUAGAGAGCCUUGAUUUAUUAAUUCAUUUUCUUCGAAGUCACCUCAAAAGUGAGAAACAACCUAAGAAGGGCAAGAUAGAGAAUAAAGUUCUCCUUUAUCGUGCUCCUUUUUUUAGCGGGAGGCAAUUUUGAAUUCAUUUUGCUUCAAAUACCAAUUGGUUUCCUUUCUUCUUAUAGACUAUAGCAUAAUUCUCUCUUUUGCCUAAAAAAUAAACACAAAGGGAGCACAUAAGUUUUUCUUUGUGUGGGUAAUUUUCUCUCUCUAUCUAUGUAUAUCUCCCACUUACAACUGAGAAAAUAAACGUCCAGCCUAAAGAGUAUUGACUCUAGAGAGCUAAUUCUCUGUCAAAGAUGCUUAACUUUCUGUAGUCUACUACUCAUGGACUAUCUUGUUGCUUGUGGGGGAGAUCUUUUGAUCAUUAUUUUUUCCAUUUUUGGUUAUUAGAUCCCAUAGUGCCAUUAGAUUUCUCAGGUUCUUACAACUGCAAUCCUUUAAUAUAAACGGUAAUUGGCAAUUGUAUGUAUGCCAGUAUGUAUGCUUGCUUAAAUGGAUGGUAUACUUGAUUUUUAAUAUUUUUAUUAAAUCUUGAUUGUGAAUUACCAUUGUAUUUUUUUUCCUUUUUUUUGACCAGAUGUUCAUUCUGUAAAAUUAGGCUUAAAAUACUCAAUGUGAUUUCACUUAAUGAUGUUUUCUCAACUGCAGCUUGUUUCAGUAAAAAUUUGCCAUUACCAUAGUGACUUUUU